ACACUUUCUCACAUUUAGUCCUCCGCAGCUUGUAGGCAUAUCGUAGUGUCAGUCUGAGAUUCCCAUCUUAUUAAUAAAGUGUUUUUGGUGAGGACCAACACAAAAUGACAAAAUGCUUUCUCAAAUAAUAAAAAAACAGCAGCUACCAAAAACCAAACGAAACACCAAAACCGAUAAAAGUUACGUCUCCUUAUCGUAUUAACCGCGCGAUACUCACGAUGAAAAUUCACUCUCGUUUGUGAUUUUAAUUGUUUUAAUAGUCUAACAAAAAAGCAAUAAUUUUUUAAGACAAUUUUCUAAUUAGAUUCUACUUGUUUUGUGUUCAGUUAAAUUUAUUUUAUUUUAUUUAAACAACUGUUCUGUGAUUUUUGGUGUAUUUUUCUCGUUGAACGGGAGUAACAAAGUUCGAAUUUCGUUUCUAAUGGAAAGAAAAAAUAAGUUUUAAUUUAAUAAAUAAAUAUUCAAUCGAAUUGGGCAUUAAUUUCGGACAACGGUGGUGGAUAAUUAUCAUCUUUUUAUCAUCGAUUAGUAAAACUCCAUACCUUACUCAAAACCAGGAAAAUGUGUGGAAUAUUCGCAUACCUUAACUAUAUGACACCAAAAUCUCGUCAUGAGGUUCUGGAAUUACUCGUUAACGGACUGAAACGUUUGGAAUAUCGUGGUUAUGACUCAACUGGCGUUGCCAUUGAUUCAAUGGAUGGCAAAGAUAUUGUUAUGGUUAAACGAUGUGGCAAAGUUAAGGUUCUAGAAGAUGCUAUUGCAGAAAAAUUUAGUGGUCCAAAUUUUGAUGAACCUAUUCAGACUCAUGUUGGUAUAUCACAUACCCGUUGGGCUACUCAUGGUGUUCCAUCGGAAACAAAUUCUCAUCCACAACGUUCGGAUGAAUCUAACUCAUUUGUUGUUGUACACAACGGAAUUAUUACAAAUUACAAAGAUGUCAAGACAUUCCUUGAAAAACGUGGUUAUGUUUUUGAAUCAGAUACUGAUACCGAAGUAAUGGCUAAGCUUAUACAUCAUUUGUGGAAACAACAUCCUGGCUAUUCGUUUAGAGAACUAGUAGAGCAGGUUAUUCAGCAAAUGGAAGGUGCAUUUGCAAUCACAUUCAAAUCAAAGCAUUUCCCCGGUGAAUGCGUUGCAUCACGUCGUGGUUCACCCUUAUUGGUUGGUAUUAAAACAAAGACUCGUUUAGCCACAGAUCACAUUCCAAUUUUAUACGGAAAAGAUGAUAUUAAAACACAAACCGAGAAAGAAACUGAAGCUGCUAGCACCCAAGAACAUCGUCCACAUGGUACUGCUCGUGAAAUGCCAGUUCUUCCACGUUCUGAAAGCACCUCUGAAUUCAUGCCACUAGAAGACAAGGAAGUCGAGUAUUUCUUUGCAUCGGAUGCCUCAGCUGUGAUUGAACACACCAAUCGUGUCAUAUAUCUAGAGGACGAUGAUGUAGCUGCAGUCAAAGAUGGUGCUCUAAGUAUUCAUCGUCUGAAACGUUGCGUCGAUGAUGCUCAUGCUCGUGAAAUUACUACUCUCAAGAUGGAAAUACAACAAAUCAUGAAAGGCAACUAUGAUUAUUUCAUGCAAAAAGAAAUUUUCGAACAACCCGAGUCCGUGAUUAAUACCAUGCGUGGUCGUAUGAAUUUUGUCAAUCAAACCAUUGUCCUUGGUGGUAUCAAGGAAUACAUUCCUGAAAUCAAACGCUGCCGUCGUCUGAUGUUGAUUGGCUGUGGAACAUCUUAUCACAGUGCUGUGGCUACUCGCCAAUUGCUGGAAGAACUCACCGAGCUGCCUGUUAUGGUUGAACUUGCUUCAGAUUUCCUCGAUCGUAAUACGCCUAUUUUCCGUGAUGAUGUUUGCUUCUUCAUCUCGCAAUCUGGAGAAACAGCAGAUACCCUAAUGGCUUUACGUUACUGCAAGCAACGUGGAGCUUUGAUUGUAGGUAUCACGAAUACUGUAGGUAGUUCGAUCUGCCGUGAAUCCCACUGUGGUGUUCACAUUAAUGCAGGCCCAGAAAUCGGUGUUGCCUCGACCAAAGCUUACACAUCGCAAUUCAUAUCCUUGGUUAUGUUUGGUUUGGUAAUGAGUGAAGAUCGAAUUUCUUUGCAACAACGACGAAAAGAAAUUAUAGACGGACUGUCAAAACUAGACAAACAAAUCCGACAGGUUCUUCAGUUGGAUUCGAAAGUACAAGAAUUAGCAAAAGAUUUGUAUCAGCACAAAUCUCUCUUAAUCAUGGGAAGAGGAUAUAAUUUCGCUACUUGUUUGGAAGGUGCCUUGAAAGUAAAAGAAUUGACAUACAUGCAUAGUGAGGGUAUUAUGGCUGGUGAAUUGAAACACGGACCUUUGGCACUAGUGGAUGGUUCCAUGCCAGUUCUUAUGAUAGUACUACGUGAUCCUGUUUACAUCAAAUGUAUGAAUGCACUACAACAGGUGACGUCACGUAAAGGACGCCCAAUCAUCGUAUGCGAAGAAGGCGACGAAGAAACGAAGUCCUAUUCGUCAAGGAGCUUGGAAAUUCCACGUACAGUUGACUGUCUUCAAGGUGUAUUAACUGUCAUUCCUAUGCAAUUACUUUCCUACCACAUAGCCGUGAUGCGUGGCUGUGAUGUUGAUUGUCCGAGAAAUUUGGCCAAAUCAGUCACUGUUGAAUAAAUAUUUGACCAUUCAUUUUUUUUGUUUAUCCUUAGUUUUGUUAAAAUAUUCAUACAUUUUUUUCUUUAAUAUUGAAUUUAAAUACAAACGUACAUUAAAAUGUAAAACUCUUUUCACCACUCAAAGCAUAUAUUACUCCGCGUUUCGUGUUGGAAGAAUUUUUAUUUUAUUUGAAUAUUUUAUUUGUUAUUGUUAAAAAAUUAAUUUUGUUUUUUGUUUGUUUUCUUCUUUUUUUUUU